GACAACUCGUCUGCGGCAAUCAGGCGAUGUUUUCAACCUUGUGUGGCAACGCUUGGCAUGCGCCAUUUGACUUGAUGUGUGCCAACCCUCUCCUUCCCUCAAGGGGAGGGACGUUUUGACCAUCUGAGACCCUGGUGCUAUCUACGCACGCCGCUGCGACGCUAGACGGCGUUGUUACUCGGUACAAUCUGCAUGUGGCGACCUCACCAUGCAGUGCGGGUUUAGUGUCAUCACGACGUACGUGAAAAUGUAAGCGUCACGUCCUCGAUGGCGCCCUCACGUUGUUCGCCGCCGCCGAUGCCGAUGCUGAUGCUGAUGCUGAUGCAGUAGGUGUGCGCCGUAGUGAAGAAGACGAAGAGGAGCCUGCCAGUCACCGCAGCAGCAGCAGCAGCAGCAGACUCUCGCGCGUCGACGAUGGGUUAUUAUUCGGUUAAAGGCAACGCAGAAGACCGCAAGGGCUCCGAGACAUUCAAGAAAUAUCCAUUUUACCGAUAGAAGCGUCGUCAGCCUGGACAACCAAGAUGAAAUUUCCGAGUGAGAAUCCAAGAAAACCCGGGAGCAGCCCGUCACCAGUGGCUGUUCAGACUAACCUGGUCCCACCCAAAAUGAUGCAGCCAGGUAUGCUUCAAUCCAGCCUUGUGCACGCCAGCGUGGCUACCAUGCAAAACCCGAUGGGCUGCUCUUUGCCCCGACUGUCAAUCUCCCGGCCCACGAGCAUGGUGGCCAGCAUGGAGGCAGUAGUUGAUGGCUCAGCUCCUUUUACCAUGAUGAAACUGAAGACGGUGCUGGCAGUUUUCGUGGUGGUAGUGGCCUACUUGGUGGCAGGAGGACUAGUGUUCCAAGCACUAGAGCAGCCAUUUGAAAACAACCAGAAGAUCACUAUCACAGCAGAGAAGGCAGCGUUCCUGCAAAAACACCCCUGUGUGUCCCCAGAGGAGCUGGAGGCUCUCAUCAAACACUCUGUUGAUGCUGUGAACGCUGGUGUGAAUCCUGUUGGCGAUACCUCUUAUAACUCUAGCCACUGGGAUCUGGGUAGUGCCUUCUUCUUUGCCGGAACAGUUAUCACGACCAUAGGGUAUGGUAACAUUGCUCCAAGCACUGAGGGAGGGAAGGUUUUCUGCAUUCUAUAUGCAAUAUUUGGCAUCCCACUUUUUGGAUUCCUCUUAGCAGGGGUUGGUGACCAGCUAGGGACCAUAUUUGUCAAAAGUAUUGCCAAAGUAGAGAAGAUGUUCCGGAAUAAACACAACCAGAUCAGUCAGACAAAAAUCAGAAUAGCGUCCACCCUCCUCUUCAUCCUGGCUGGCUGCAUCCUGUUUGUGACCAUGCCAGCUGUGAUCUUCAAACACAUCGAAGGUUGGACAGCUCUGGAGUCAACAUAUUUUGUCGUCAUCACAUUGACAACUGUUGGAAUAGGAGACUAUGUGGCAGGCGGAAAUCGGAGGAUUGAGUACCGCAAGUGGUACAGACCAUUGGUUUGGUUCUGGAUCCUUGGUGGGCUGGCCUAUUUUGCUGCAGUGCUAAACAUGAUUGGCGACUGGUUGAGGGUGCUAUCCAAAAAGACCAAAGAAGAGGUAUUGGGAAUCAAGGCCCAUGCAGCAGAGUGGAAAGCAAACGUGCGAGCGGAGCUGAGAGAGACAAGGCGGCGUAUGAGUGUCGAGGUCAGUGACAAACUUCAGCGAGCUGCCACCAUCCGCAGCAUGGAAAGACGACAGCUCGGCCUGGAUCAGCGUGCGGUGUCCAUGGAUAUGCUUUCUCCAGAGCGCCGAGCCAUCUUCAACAGCCUGGACACCAGCAGCUACAAAACCUCCUCUCAGGAGAGUAUUGACACGAAGUUGAACAAUCUUCGACUAAGGGGCGGUGAGCAGUGCGACCGUGAGUCCAACCAUCAAACCACAUCUGAGGACAACAUUUUUAACCGCCUUGGUUCGGUCACCAAGCUGGCAAAACGCAACAGGAAUCGGGACUUGAAGACGAACAUCACAGAAGAAGCUCGCCGUCCUCGUAGUGAAGCCUAUGGUUGGAUCACGGCCACAUUUGAUUGUAGCACACCUGUUGUGGAUGAAGUGACAAGGAAGGAUGAGGAACACGAAGAGACGGAAGACAAAGAGUGCAAUACCAGCUUGUCUGAAUUCCCGUUGUUUGUGGAAGCUUACAAAUCACAUAAUGGGGUUAAUAUUGAGCAAACCAAAGAGAACAAGAAUGAUGAAACACUUGAAAUGAAAGAGCUGCAUAUUGACAUGGGCACAUAGCAGUAUGUAUGUCAAAGCAAUGUUUUACAAUGCCACCAUUUGUGCCUUAGGUUUUCUCUUUUGCAGGAAUAAUGCCUGCCUCUUUGUGCUACAGUGUAUAAGGGUUCCUCUAUGUUUACUGACCCCAAGGUGUCCCAGGUUCUUACCGCUUCUUAAAAAUACCUUUGUUAAUGUAGCAUUAAAUUAUGGUCAUACUUUAUACAGUCCACACCACACCCAAAAAAAAAGCAGGCUGCAACACAGCUUUGAAAUGUUUUCUUCAUAAAAUAUCAUUCAGUGAUGUGUCCCACCACAAUAUUUUUGAGAAUUAGGGUCUUGGAUAAACCUUUCAGUAACUGAAUAGGCAGAAUUUUACCAGGAAAUUGGGUUCUUCAAACAACCACUAAUCAACAGGUGCGAUAUAAUGCUGCCACAUUGAAUAGUGUCCAAGAUAUACUUCAGGAGCAGUCUGUCCCUGAUAAACCUUCCACUCGAUGACACUGACAUGACAUUUGCUGUCCAUACUGUACUCAUCAUUAGAAAACAUCUUUUGAACAUACAACCCCAAUUCCAAUGAAGUUGGGACGUUGUGUUAAACAGAAAUAAAAACAGAAUACAAUCAUUUGCAAAUCAUGUUCGACCUAUAUUUCAUUGAAUACUCUACAGAGACAAGCUAUUUAAUGUUCAAACUGAUCAACUUUAUUGUUUCAUUAACUUAGAAUUUGAUGGCUGCAACACGUUCCCAAAAAGCUGGGACAGGGUCAUGUUUUCCACUGUGUUACAUCACCUUUUCUUUGAACAACAUUCAAUAAACGUUUGGGAACUGAGGACACGAAUUGUUGAAGCUUCGUACGUGGAAUUCUUUCCCAUUCUUGCUUGAUGUACAGCUUCAGCUGUUCAACAGUCCGGGGUCUCCAUUGUUGUAUUUUACGCUUCAUAAUGCGCCACACAUUCUCAAUGGGAGACAGGUCUGGACUGCAGGCAGGCCAGUCUAGUGCCCGCACUCUUUUAGUACGAAGCCACACUUUUGUAACACGUGCAGAAUGUGGUUUGGCAUUGUCUUGCUGAAAUAAGCAGCGCCGUCCAUGAAUAAAGACGUUGCUUGGAUGGCAGCAUAUGUUUCUCCAAAACCUGUAUGUACCUUUCAGCAUGAAUGGUUCCUUCACAAAUGUGUAAGUUACCCAUGCCAUUGGCAUUAACACAGCGCCGUACCAUCAAAGAUGCUGGCUUUUGAACUUUGCGUCCAUAACAGUCCGGAUGGUUCUUUUCCUCUUUGGCCCGGAGGACACGACGUCCACAAUUUCCAAAAACAAUUUGAAAUGUGGACUCGUCGGACCACAGAACACUUUUCCACUUUGCAUCAGUCCAUCUUAGAUGAGCUCGGGCCCAGAGAAGCCGGCGGCGUUUCUUGGUGUUGUUGAUUAAUGGCUUUUGCUUUACAUAGUAGAGUUUCAAGUUGCACUUACAGAUGUUGCGCCAAACUGUAUUUACUGACAUUGGUUUUCUGAAGUGUUCCUGAGCCCAUGUGGUGAUAUCCUUUACACAUUGAUGUCGGUUUUUGAUGCAGUGCCGCCUGAGGGAUCGAAGGUCACGGGCAUUCAAUGUUGGUUUUCGGCCUUGCCGCUUACAUGCAGUGAUUUCUCCAGAUUAUCUGAACCUUUUGAUGAUAUUAUGAACCGUAGAUGAUGAAGUCCCUAAAUUCCUUGCAAUUGUACUUUGAGGAACAUUGUACUUAAACUGUUCAACUAUUGUCUCACGCACUUGUUCAUAAAGAGCUGAACCUCGCCCCAUCUUUGCUUGUGAAUGACUGAGCAAUUCAGGGAAGCUCCUUUUCUACCCAAUCAUGGCACCCACCUGUUCCCAAUUAGCCUGUUCACCUGUGGGAUAUUUUAAACAGGUGUUUGAUGAGCAUUCCUCAACUUUCUCCGUCUUUUUUGCCACCUGUCCCAGCUUUUUUGGAACGUGUUGCAGCCAUAAAAUUUCAAGUUAAUGAUCAUUUGCUAAAAACAAUAAAGUUGAUCAGUUUGAACAUUAACUAUCUUGUCUUUGUCGUAAUAUAGGUUGAACAUCAUUUGCAAAUCAUCGUAUUCUGUUUUUAUUUAUGUUUAAAACAACAUCCCAACUUCAUUGGAAUUGGGGUUGUAGAUUAAAUGAUCUGGGUCAUUUAAAGAACUAUUUAUAUUGCAUCAGCUGUACUGCAAAUAGAGAAUUUCAGUCCCAGUUAAAUGGUACUUAAAACAUCAAUAUUUUUUAUGUUAUCAUAUUACAUUUUUAAAAGCUACCUUUUUAUCUGUCAUGAUAUUGAGUGAUAAUCUCAGAUUUUCAGAAUUCUGUGCCAUUUUAUUAGUUUUUAUUUUAAUGGUUCUAAAAAUGUAUGGUCGAAGAAAUCAGAUCUGCUUGCAAUUGUAUUGUAAUGCAGAGGGUCCAAAUAACUUUAAAAAUCAAACUUUGCAAUUGUAUUGCACUUAUUAUUUUUUUCUCAAUCGGCCACUAAAAAUAUAGAAACCCUCAUAUACUGUUCUGUUAACAUGCAGUAUUCAGCGUGCCCUAUGAAUAUGAGAUACACAUUAUAUUGGCUUCAUUAUGAUCCAGUGUAAUAAUGCAAAAUACCUUCAUAGAUUGUGCAAUUCUAUGCCAAUUGAUGGGCAACAGGAAAAAAAUGUGUUCCUCCAACAAGUGCUAAACUAGAACAACUUUGGUCAUAUUUUUGUAGCUACAUCGUGUUCUUGAUAAGAUAAUAUAAAAAAAUGAUUUUG